AUGGCCUUCUCUCUGGCAAAGCCAUGGAACGAAGGCGAGGCGUCCAUGCAGCGACUCCUUCGCGUACCCGCAAUGGACAAUCCCACGUCCACCUCGCUCACACCUCAGGCCUCGUUGAUGCUACAGCGCGGACCACUUCUCGCCAUUGGUACUCUGGACAGGCAGUUGCGUCCCUGGACUACACUCUGGGGAGGUUCGGCCGGCAUUUCCACUCCCCUUGGUGGCAACAUGGUUGGCACACGUACCGUGGUCGACCGCGAAAACGACCCAGUAGUACAGGCUCUCGUUGGUGAUGCAAAAAAGGGUGAAAUGGUUCAGACUCAAGGCGAAGGAGUAUUGAUCUCUGCGCUCGCAUUCGACCUAAUGACGAGGAGGAGAGUGAAGCUUGCUGGAACCAUGGUUGCUGGCACAGUGACGGAAGUUCAUGUAGAGGUUGGAGAAGCUACUGCGCAGAAGCAAAAUCAAAUACAACUGGUGACGGAAAUCAACGAGAGCCUUGGAAAUUGCCCCAAGUACCUGAACCAAUACGAUAUCCGCCCGGCCGUAGUGACAUCAGAAGUCAAACACAUGGGGCCCGCAUUAUCAAACGAAGGUCGAGCUCUGAUCUCCGGGGCUGACAUGUUCUUCCUGUCCACAAGUACGCCAGAAGAUAUGGACACAAACCACCGAGGAGGAUUGCCGGGCUUUGUUCGUGUGAUUUCUUCCACUCAGAUUGUCUAUCCAGAGUAUUCGGGCAAUCGUCUCUAUCAGUCUCUAGGAAAUCUGAAGAUCAACCCUAGGAUUGGCAUCACAUUCCCAGAUUUCGAGACAGGUGAUGUUCUGUACAUGACUGGUACUGCUGAAGUGCUAGAUGGUUCAGCGGCGGCCAGUAUACUUCCAGGGAGCAACUUGGCCGUGAGAAUUACCUGCACCGAGACGCGUUUUGUGGCCAGUGGACUUGCUCUUCGGGGUACGAGGAAGACUCCUAGUCCAUAUAACCCUCUCGUGCGGACCCUUGUUACUGAGGGCAAUAUCAAAGCGAAUCUCGCCCGGGGCGGGAACAGCCGCCGAAAUGCGCAGCUCACAAGAAAAGAGGUCAUCACACCCUCGAUUAUGCGCUUCACCUUUUCGGUGGCGGGUGGAAUCAAAUAUGCGCCCGGCCAGUGGAUUGCAAUGGACUUCAAAGAAGAAUUGGACAUUGGCUACGAACACAUGUGCGACGAUGAGCCAACCAGUAUCAACGAUGACUUUAUUCGCACAUUCACCAUAUCCUCGGCACCGCAAGCAAGGGGCGGGCUGGAUGAUCAAUUUCAAAUUACCAUCCGCACAGUCGGGCCUGCUACGAGACUUUUAUUUCGACAAAACGACCGUGCUGGUUUUGAGGUGCCUAUCCUGGGCGUUGGUGGAGACUUCAAGAUUGCGCAGAAGGAGCAGGGCGUCACCCCUUUUAUUGCUGGAGGAGUCGGGAUUACGCCACUGCUCGGGCAACUGGGAAGCCUUGUUAUCUCGCCUGAACGAUUGAAGCUGAUUUGGACAAUCAGACGAGCUGACGCUGCCUUUGUACUUGAUGUGCUACACCACCGGCCAGAGCUUGCGAGAUGCACAGAUGUGUACCUGACUGGAGCUGAGCCUUUGGCAGAAGAGUCUAGGUAUCUCACUGAUCUGGAAGGGUUGGGGGUGGGUAUUGCGAAGAGAAGGCUGGCUAAGAGUGACGUGGAUGCAGUCGAGGCGGGGACGUGGUACCUGUGUGCGGGAAAGCUCCUGAGGAGGUAUAUGCUAUCUUGUUUGGAAGGAAAAACUGUGCUUUUUGAGAGCUUUGAUUAUUGA